GCCGUCGCCUCUGCCAACCCCGCCGGGCGCUCGGGACGCGGCGGGAAGGGAAAUUUUGCGCUGCGGACGAAGCUUUCGCUUUCCUGCAGAAAGAAGGGAGCGGCCGCGGUUCCCGAGUGCCCUGGCCGGGAUGUGAGGGAGGCGGUGGCGCGGCCGUGACGCGGCGCAGGGCGGGGCGGGCGCGGGUCGGUCCGGCCAUGCCGAAGCGCUCCUGCCCCUUCGGGGACGCGGCCCCGCUGCAGCUGAAGACCCGCGUGGGGCUGCGGGAGCUGAGCCGCGGCGUGCGGGGCGAGGAGUACCGGCGGGAGGUGUUCGAGAGGACCCGGCGGCUGCUCUUCAGGGGUGCCCAGGCGUACAUGGAAGGCGCGGCGGCCGCUGCCCGUGCCGCGGAGCCGGGGCCGGCCGGGGAGGCGCAGGGCGAGGGGUCCCGCUGGAGCGGGCAGCUCCUCAUCGGCCACGACGGGAAACUGCGGCGGCGGCCCGCGGACAGGGCAGUUCCGCCGCUGGGAGCGUCCAGAGCCUGCUCGUCGUGUGUGAGAGCGGCCGAUGUGAAGGAGGCGUGUGCGCAGUGUGACCGGCUCGUCUGCCAGAGCUGCAGCAGGCUCUGCAGCUGCUGUAACACGGUCACCUGCUCCUUGUGCUCCGCUGUUGAGCCAGUGUUUCAUGCCAAAAUACACCAGCCAAGAGUCUGCAUGAACCUUGAGGACAUGGUCUGUAAGUGUAAGUGUAAGUGUUCCUAUGGAUUGGGGUCAGAGGAAGUCUCCACAGUGAUCCAAGGAACAUCCAGCAUGAGGAAAAUAAUUAUUUAAAGAGAUAUUCUGUCAGUUGAUAACACACCCUUCUAGAAGGCAGAAGAUGAGAGACAGGGUAAGGCACAAAAAAAGAAUGAAAGUGAGGGAGAAGAGGAAGAAGGAAUCCAUUGUUCCUUGUCUGCUGGGAAUAGAUGGAAGAAUGAUGUCAUAAGGCAAAAGGCAAAUAAAGAGAACUGGAAUUCUGAAAAACCCUGAAAAACAGGGAAAAGGAACUCAGUAGUGCAGGCUGGUGUCUACAGGUACCACCCAGCAAUCUGCGUCCAACCUCCGUGCAGCAGGGAACUGAAAGCCCACCUCCAUGUGCCAGCUUUUCCUGCUCCCAGGAGAGGAGCUCUGCUCAGCAGAAGACAGAUGGCACUGCCAUUGCCUGUGCUCCUGUGGGGGCUUUUCCAGAUGGGGAGUUGGAAGCUUCUUUGUGCUGCUCCAGCCUUCCUGUGCAGCAGCCUCGGGUGCUUGGGGCUCCACCAGCCUGCGUGCCCGGAUCCAGCGCUGCUCAGAGAAACUGCAGCUGAACCCCCUGGGGAAAUACAUGGAUUUAUAUCCAGGGUUUUCUCCCUGUCUGAGGUGUCCUUGGUGACUUCUCCUUUCUUGUGAGGAGAGAUUAUGGAGAGAUUGCUAAUAAAGGCCAAGUUACUGUCAGCGAUCUGAAAAGAAAGCUGACACAACUGUUCUGCAGAGGGGAACCCCAGACAGCUCCGUGCCACUCACACACUGACCUCCAGCCAAACUCGGUGCUUUCCUGCACUGCUGGGAUGCCUCUCCCACCUCAAGCAAGGCACAGCUGUGAGAGGUUUCUCAAAGUUACCUGAAAAAUCACUGGGCAGUCCAGGAAGCAUCACCCUCAUUGCAACUCCCUUUGCCGCUUACGGGAAUUUUAAAAAAUAUCAUUUUAAAUACCAAGCAGCCACCUUUGAUCCCCACUUCCUUCGCAUUGAGCAAGUCACCACAGAAAGUAAAACUUUGGAGAGGUAACCUGAUUCUAAGUUUUACAAUCAGGUAAAGGGAGAUACUAAGUUUAAUCCCUUUAUCUUAGUUACACAUUAAAUUUAUGACCUCACCUGCGUAAAUAAGUACAUUUUGUUCCGCUUUCUUCCACUUCCUUUCCUCUGCAACUUUCCAAUCUGCAGCUGCUCCAAGAGACUUUGUUCUCUCUGCUUUUUACUCAGUGUCAUUCUACACUCAUUACUGAAUGGGCACCAGGUAUUCCUGUCUACCU